AAACGCACCAUAUUGAAGUUGAAAGAAAACUGUAAUAAAAUGUGGUUGUUAGAACAAUACACUUUAAAAACAUCUAACAUGCAGUGCAAACAUUGUAACAAAAACUUUACGUAUCAAAAAACAUAUUUAAAAAAAUUAAAAGAACAUUUACUUAACAAGCAUAGUAUAGAUAAAUUUAAUACGGAAGACAAUGUGGAAGAAAUCCAACAAAAUACACGUGCAGAAAAUAUAAAAGAUGGAGAUGCAUCAACAUCAAAUAAUCAAGGACUACUUUUAAUGAAUGCAUUACCAACAAAUACAAGUAAUCAAGACGAAAAUACAUCAAAUAUAACGGCAAAUUCAUGCACAGAUCAAGUGGAAAGCUCAGCGUUGCAGUUGGUGUGCCCGCUGGAUUCUCGUCCGGUGCAGCUAAUCUUCCGGGGAUUGCAGGUAGUCAAGGAGAAACGAGUGCUUCUUCGAGAUGUGUCAGGAGUCGUCAAGCCAGGCGAAUUAUUGGCCGUUAUGGGCCCUUCAGGCUGUGGUAAAACAACACUGCUGAAUUGUUUGUCCGGCCGUGUUGGCGUGGACGGCGGUGAGAUCUGGCUGAAUCGCGAGAGGCUCACCAAACGAUGGCGCAGAAGAAUCUGCUACGUACAACAGCAGGAUAUUUUUUUCCCCGAUCUCACCUUACGUCAAACACUUGAGUACCAGGCGAGGCUGAGGCUUCCGGACGCACUCUCACACUCCCAGAAGAUGCAGUGCGUGGACCACAUCAUCGAGGUCCUCGACCUCGCGAACUGCCAAGACACCAUUAUUGGAGAUUAUUUGAAACGGGGAAUUUCCGGUGGUGAAAAGAAGAGAACGAGUAUAGCUUGCGAAUUACUCACGAAUCCAUCAUUAAUGCUACUUGACGAACCCACGAGUGGACUCGACUCACAUUCGGCACAAGCAUUGAUCUCGCGGUUGAAGAAAUAUGCUGAGCAGGAAGGUAAAAGUAUUGUGGUGACGGUACACCAACCUAGUUCCAGGAUGUUCCACAGUUUUAGUAAGCUUCUCCUGUUGAGUAACGGUCAGGUGGCGUAUUACGGAUCGACGACGAAUGUCGGUAGAUUCUUCUCUACAAUAGGACUUACUCUAUUGCCACAUUACAACCCCGCAGACUUCAUUCUGGAACAAAUAAAGGGGCCAGAGGAAGUUCGAGAUCGCAUCGUUGCCGCAGCGAGAACUGCAAGACAGGGACCUGACUGCCCACCGGAACUUCGCCCGGAGUAUAAUCCCAGCCAACAUCCGCUCUGUGACCAUCUCAUUCAUUAUCACGAGCACCACAUCAGCCACAACGUGAAGGAAGACGAAGGCCGUACACUAUGGUUGGAUACACAAAGUCACGCCAGUAGCAGCGCAAGUUCUGCUGAUGACGACUAUUCCUGGCAAUGGCCCACCAGUUUUUGGUCGCAGUUCAAAGUAUUAUCGGAAAGAAAUUUUCAAGAGGCACGACCACGAAUGUUGUCGCGUCUUCACUGGCUGCAAACGGUAGCUCUCGGGCUUCUAACUGGACUUUUAUGGCUGGGUCUUCCCAGAACUGAAGCAGCCAUUCACGAUAUUCAGGGGUGGAUGUUCUUCAGCAACACAUACUGGAUGCUUUUUGCACAUUUUGGAGCGCUCACAAGCUUUCCCCCGGAGCGUGAAGUGAUCAACAAGGAACGCCUGUCAGGAUCCUAUCGGCUCUCGGCCUACUACCUGGCGAAGAUGGUGGGCGAGCUGCCGCUGACGAUAACGCUGCCCGCAGUCUACCAUAUAAUUAGUUACCCGAUGUUGGGCUUCCAUAAUAUAGCAGUCUUCAUCACGCUGCUCGCGUUCUUGCUACUCAACACUGUAGUCGCACAGAGUGUCGGAUUUUUUGUGGGCGCUUGCUGCGAAGAUCUGCAAGUGGGCAUCACCGUGUCUGCGCUCUACACACUCUCAACGCAGCUUUUAGGCGGUUAUUUGGCGACGUCGGUCCCACCAUGGCUAGCGUGGGCUAGGUACAUCAGUAUGAUGCAUUAUGCCUAUCAAAAUAUGCAGAUUCUGGAAUUCGGUGUCGGCGAACCGAUAGCAUGCUCGCAGCCGAGUAAAUUCGCCGAGUGCAGAAACGGUACGACGAUACCCGUUUCCGCGAUUUUGGAAAGUCAAGGCGGGGUCAAGGGUUCUGGUCUACCAUUGUGGGCAAACACGGCAGUACUAUUGGCGUUCCUAAUUGUUUUCCGGACCCUGGGUUACCUUGUCCUGCGUUAUUACCGUGUACCAAAAUGAGCGUGUUGGGAGACACGCAAGUAGCACACAAAUUCUCGACACUCGCGGAUUCUUCAGUUUUGUUACUACAUAGAGUAUUAUAGCAACCGCCGUCGCUGUCGUUGCUGUCGUGUGUCUCGCCUCUUGUUAGGAAAUAAAAAACGGUCGCACGCUUCGAUGUCAUCCCCCGGGAGAAUUUUCUCCCGUCGUGAGCUGUCGAACGUCUGUAAAGUUUUUCUAUCUAGCUUGAAAACACGAGGGAGCGACGCGAAUGGUUAUCACGCGAGUGCGAGCGUUUUCACUUUUCCCGACGUAUCGAGCAAUGCGACAUGAAACACGAGACUGCAACAGACUUGG